AUGGCGGUACGUUGGGUGCGAUGUUUGGCACCGUUCCAGACGCUCAGCAAACGAGAUCAGCUGCUUCUGCUCCAAGAAUCUUGGAAGGAAUUAUUCUUGCUACACUUGGCGCAAUGGUCGGUGCCGUGGGAUUUGGCGACGUUGCUCACCUGUCAGCAAGCCAGGGACAGGCUGCCCACGGAUCUUCAUACUGCUGCUGAGAUCAAGACCAUUCAGGAAAUAAUGUGCCGAUUUCGACAGAUUUCCCCAGAUGGUAGUGAAUGCGGGUGUAUGAAGGCUAUUGUCUUAUUUACUCCAGAAACUCCCGGACUGUGCGACGUCCAACCGGUAGAAAUGCUGCAGGAUCAAGCUCAAUGCAUCCUGGGCGACUACGUGAGAGCGAGAUACCCUAGACAGCCUACUAGAUUCGGCCGAUUGCUACUGUUGGUGCCCAGUCUGAGGGCCAUCCGGCCAAUCACCGUUGAGCUUCUGUUUUUUAGGGAAACCGUUGGAGAUAUACCGCUUACGCAGUUGUUAGGAGACAUGUAUUGUAUGGAAAAAUGUACGGCGCCGUGA